GAUGCUGAGAAUGUGACUGGCAACCGACUGGUUAAUAACCGGCACAAGACCGAAGUCACGACGGCAAGAGAAAUAGAGUUCUCAUUCAACACUGCCCACAGUCUCUCUAUAAUAGUCAAGCUAGUGCUACAAGGACCGUCUUUACAUUUUGCGGUUGACAGCAGGGGCGUUUCAGUUCGGAAAUUGCAAACACGAAACAGAAAAGCUCACAGGACAAGGAGACCAGAGAGGUGCGUGACAGCAGAGAGAGAGAGAGACAGAGAGAGAGAGAGAGACAGAGAGACAGAGAGAGACAGAGAGAGAGAGCGAGACAGAGAGAGACUAGCCUACACAGUUGCUACUAAGUCUGACAUCAUCACAAUUAUAUCCCAAGAGGUCGGAAUCACUUGAAUGCGAAGAUGACAGACGCGGUCGUGGACGGCAAAUUGGAGGCGGUGAAACAGGCUACUAAAUAUGUCAAAGAGACCGAGAACGUUGCGGAAAAAUAUUCUGCGAUGACCGUUAGCAAGAACAGCGACAUGAACAUGAACGUGGGUGAAUUGCAAUCCGCAGCAUUUACUGCCGUGCCAACUCUCAAACCCAUCAAGAAGAUCCAGUUUGCUAACGCGGAAGAUAAACAGGAGUUUCAGAAGUACCCCACUAAGGCCGGCCGGCGCUCCCUCUCUCGCUCCAUCUCCCAGUCCUCCACAGAUAGCUACAGCUCAGCUGCAUCCUACUCAGACAGCUCAGAUGACGAGACCUCUCCUCGGGACAAGGCCCAGGCCAACUCCAAGGGCAGCAGCGACUUCUGCGUUAAGAACGUCAAACAGGCAGAGUUCGGCAGACGGGAGAUCGAGAUCGCAGAGCAAGAUAUGUCAGCCCUGAUCUCCCUGAGGAAGAGAGCCCAGGCUGAGAAACCUCUAGCUGGGGCAAAGAUAGUGGGCUGCACCCACAUCACAGCUCAGACUGCAGUUCUGAUAGAGACCCUGGUAGCUCUUGGAGCUCAGUGUCGUUGGACAGCCUGUAACAUCUACUCUACUCAGAACGAGGUGGCUGCUGCCCUGGCAGAGACUGGUGUGCCUGUGUUUGCAUGGAAGGGCGAGUCAGAGGAUGAUUUUUGGUGGUGCAUUGACCGCUGUGUCAACAAAGAAGGCUGGCAGGCCAACAUGAUUCUGGAUGACGGAGGGGAUCUGACCCACUGGGUUUAUAAGAAGUACCCCAGCGUGUUCAAGAAGGCUCAGGGCAUCGUGGAGGAGAGUGUUACUGGAGUCCACAGGUUGUACCAGCUGUCCAAGGCAGGCAAGCUGUGUGUCCCGGCCAUGAAUGUGAACGACUCGGUUACGAAGCAGAAGUUUGACAACCUCUACUGCUGCAGAGAGUCCAUCCUGGACGGUUUGAAGAGGACCACUGAUGUGAUGUUUGGAGGGAAACAGGUGGUGGUGUGUGGUUAUGGAGAAGUGGGUAAGGGUUGCUGUUCUGCUCUGAAGGCUAUGGGAGCCAUCGUCUGCAUCACAGAGAUAGACCCCAUCUGUGCCCUGCAGGGCUGCAUGGAUGGGUUCAGGGUGGUCAAGCUGAAUGAAGUCAUUCGGCAGAUGGAUAUUGUGAUAACCUGCACAGGUAAUAAGAACGUGGUGACCAGAGAGCAGCUGGAUCGGAUUAAGAACGGCUGUAUAGUCUGCAACAUGGGACAUUCCAAUACUGAGAUUGAUGUGGCCAGCCUGCGGAGCCCGGAGCUCACCUGGGAAAGGGUGCGUUCUCAGGUGGACCAUGUGAUCUGGCCCGACGGCAAGAGGGUCAUUCUGCUGGCUGAGGGUCGUCUGUUGAAUCUGAGCUGUUCCACAGUCCCCACGUUUGUUCUGUCCAUCACAGCUACUACUCAGGCCUUGGCUUUGAUUGAGCUGUUCAAUGCUCCUGAGGGACGCUACAAACAGGACGUCUAUCUGCUGCCUAAGAAAAUGGAUGAGUACGUGGCCAGCUUGCACAUGCCCAACUUUGAUGCCCACCUUACAGAGCUGUCUGACGAGCAGGCCAAAUACAUGGGCCUGAACAAGAAUGGACCCUUCAAACCCAACUACUACAGGUAUUGAUGGGAAUGGACAACGCGGCAACAUCUGGAAUAAGUGAAUAUAAUAUCUCUAUUUUAUUUCAUAAGUUAUUACAAAAGGGAAGAAUAAUCAUUAUUUUGCUUUUGCUUUUGCUGAAUGUAAAUGUUAUUAUUAACAUUGUCAUGCAUAAUAAUAUUGAUUAUAAUAUCUAACUUGCCUGUCAGGUACAUGAAUCUAACCAUGCAUAUCAAACAGCAGAGACCAAGGACUUGUCCCAAAUGGCACGCUAUAUCAUUUGUAGUGCACUACUUUUGACCAGCGCCUAUGGGUAGUAGUGCACUACAUAGGGAAUAGGGUGCAAUUUGGGACUUAGGCUAAGAGAGAAACCAUAAAAAAAUGUUAGUCAUAUAUUUUAGUCUGCUGGCUAUGCUUUAAUCUCUUGAAGUAUCAAUUUAGUCACAAUCACAAUGUUUAUUAAUGUCAUUAUGUCACUGUUACUGUGUAUACACACACACACACACACACACUGACAUUUUAAAUGAAGUACAUUCCAUGAGCCAGAAUUGGGUUUGUGAUCCUAACUGGGCUGUUUUAAUGUCUGGUGAAGCAUUGAAGAAGCUACAUGUCAUUAAGCUAAGAGUCAAUGUGUCUUCACAGCCACUUGCUAUCAGAUCAUCUCAACGUUAAGUUAAUUCGUGGCUAUUUCUUAUGUUUGAAAUUCUUCUCGAUUUUAGGGAUUUGAAAGCACAGUUUGUCCUAGUUGAUCUGUAUAUUAUCUCAUAGAAACUGUUCUGUUGAAUUUGAAGUCGUAUGUUGACAGACAUGCCUUGUGGUGAUUUCUGCUUAUGUUGAUCAUCUAAAUAAUUUCUACUUGUGAUUGUUGUAACUGGAUGUAUGCUAUAGCAGCAAUAAGCUCAUCCUAUAAUUAAUAAACAGAAAUAUACGUUUA